AUGUGCUGCGGAGGGAAUAAAGGCUUAACUGUAACUGCAAAGGGAGGAGAAGAUCCUACGCAGCGAAAGGCUGAAGAGAAAGCCAUCUUUUGGGAAAAUCCAGAAAGAACCUUUGACCUGGUAUUGAAAGUGAAAUGUCAUGCCUCUGAAAAUGAAGAUCCAGUGGUAUUGUGGAAAUUCCCAGAGGACUUUGGAGAUCAGGAAGUACUACAGAGUGUGCCAAAGUUCUGUUUCCCCUUUGACGUUGAAAGAGUGUCUCAAAAUCAAGUUGGACAGCACUUUACCUUUGUACUGACAGACAUUGAGAGUAAGCAGAGAUUUGGAUUUUGCAGACUCACAUCAGGAGGCAAAAUUUGCUUAUGCAUCCUUAGUUACCUGCCAUGGUUCGAAGUAUAUUACAAGCUUCUAAAUACUCUGGCAGAUUACUUGGCUAAGGAACUGGAAAAUGAUUUGAAUGAAACUCUCAAAUCACUCUAUAACCAUCCAGUACCAAAGGCAAACACUCCUGUCAAUUUGAGUGUGAACCAAGAGAUAUUUAUUGCCAGUGAGCGAGUUCUGAAAGAUCAGCCCUCUCUAGUACCGCAUUCCUACUUCAUUGCCCCUGAUGUAACUGGACUCCCAACAAUACCUGAGAGUAGAAAUCUUACAGAAUAUUUUGUUGCCGUGGAUGUGAACAAUAUGCUGCAACUGUAUGCCAGUAUGCUGCACGAAAGGCGUAUCGUUAUUACCUCUAGCAAAUUAAGCACUUUAACUGCCUGUCUCCAUGGAUCAGUUGCUCUGCUCUACCCAAUGUACUGGCAGCACAUUUACAUCCCAGUGCUUCCUCCACACCUGCUGGACUACUGCUGUGCCCCAAUGCCAUACCUGAUUGGAAUACACUCCAGCCUCAUAGAGAGAGUGAAAAAUAAAUCAUUGGAAGAUGUGGUUAUGUUAAAUGUUGACACAAACACUUUAGAAUCACCAUUUAAUGACUUGAACAACCUACCGAGUGAUGUGGUCUCGGCCCUGAAAAGUAAGCUGAAGAAGCAGUCUACAGCUACAGGGGACGGAGUAGCUAGGGCCUUCCUUAGGGCACAGGCUGCUUUGUUUGGAUCCUACAGAGAUGCACUGAGAUACAAACCUGGUGAGCCUGUCACUUUCUGUGAGGAGAGUUUUGUGAAGCAUCGCUCAAGUCUGAUGAAACAGUUCUUGGAAACUGCAGUUAACCUCCAACUUUUUAAGCAGUUUAUCGAUGGUCGACUGGCAAAACUGAAUGCGGGAAGGGGUUUCUCUGAUGUAUUUGAAGAGGAGAUCACUUCAGGUGGCUUUUGUGGAGGGAACCCGAGGUCAUAUCAACAGUGGGUGCAUACAGUCAAGAAAGGAGGUGCACUAUUCAACACCGCAAUGACCAAAGCAACUCCUGCUGUUCGGACAGCAUAUAAAUUUGCAAAAAACCACGCAAAGCAGGGAAUCAAGGAAGUGAAGAGUAAGCUCAAACACAAGGAAAACGAGGAAGAUUAUGGGACCUGUUCUGGUUCUGUACAAUAUACACCAGUUUACACAUUAUACAGUGAAAAGGGAAGAAACCUAGAAAAGCGUAAGCUUGCCCAGGCACGCUUAAAAAGGCCUCUGAAGAGCCUUGAUGGUGCUCUGUAUGAUGAUGACGACGAUGACAUCGAAAGUGCAAGCAAGUUAUCUUCUGAAGAUGGUGAAGAAACCUCUGCUUAUUUUUAUGAAAGUGAUGACUCUGUUGAAACAAGAGUAAAGACUCCGUACUCAGGUGAAAUGGACUUAUUAGGAGAGAUCCUCGACACAUUGAGCACACACAGCUCAGAUCAAGGAAAGCUGGCAGCAGCAAAGAGCUUGGAUUUCUUUAGAUCAAUGGAUGAUAUUGAUUACAAACCUACGAAUAAAUCCAAUGCGCCUAGUGAGAAUAACCUAGCCCUACUCUGCAGCGGUUCUGGUGAUCAAGCGGAGUGGCAUCUCGGGCAGGAUGACAGCGCCCUCCAUGGCAGACAGCUCCCUCCAUCCCCCAGGAAGCGGGUUUCCUCUGUGGGCCUGGCAGAUUCUCUCUUUAUCCUGAAAGAGGAAACCAGUGAAAAGCACCUCAGUGGUGUCAGCGUGAGUGGGCCUCCCACAGUGGAGGAGCCAGCGUCUGCGUCAGGACUGGGUUUCCAGCCAGCUGCGCCUAAAGUUUCCCAAACUGAAGAAGGAAGAACGGAACAGAAGGAAACACUAAGCCAGACUUCAGAUGAUCUGCUUACACCCAGCCUUGGGCGACGCGCAUCUACUUUUGUUCCUUGGGAGAAGAAAGGGAAAGAAGCCAAAGAGACUUCAGAAGACACUGGACUGCUUCAUGAAGUGGUGUCAUUAUGUCGCAUAACAUCUGCCUUCCAACAGGACUUAAACAUUUCAGAAGAGAACACAAGUGGAAACCAAGCUUAAAUCAACAAUUUCAGUCUCUUGCAUCCAAACUUCUAUGGAGACAUUUUGGGAUUCCAUGUGAUAGAUAUAGUAAACAAUUAUUUAUAGGAAUGACA